AAUAUUGACAUAAAAUUCGAAAUAUUGUAUUCAGUAUUCAAAUUACAUUUGAACGUGAAGGUUGAUUUAAUUUUUCACCAUAUCUAAAUAACGCAAAUUUUAUUUCAUCUUUAAAAUUAAUUUUAAAGUAAUCUGACAUUUAAUAUUACUAAAAACUGAAGAAAAUGGCACCAGCAAAACAACAAAAUAAGCAAGGAAGAAGACCAAGUAUCAAUUGCUGUGUUUUACCAUCGAAUAAAAAAGGAACAACGAAACAACAUAAGAAUAAGAAAGGAAGUAAUAGAAGACCAAAUAGCAAAUGCUGUGAUACAAGUUCAUCAGAAUCUGAUUCUUCAGUUUAUACAUCGUGCUCUUAUUCGAGUUCCUAUUCUGAUUCAUCUUGUUCCUGUACUGAUUCAGAUUGUUCCUGCUUCUCAGACAGUUCAAGUUAUUAUACUAGCGAUUGCGCUCCAUGUGCGGCUAAAAAUAUGCGAAAAACACCAGCUAAAAAGAAAAUAGCUCCAAAAACAAAGAAGAACACUAAAGCUACACACAAGAAGAAAGAACCAACUCGUCGCACAUAUUCAUUUUCAUCGGAUAGUUCUGAUUGUUAUGAUGGAGCUUGCAGUCGAAUACCAUCGAAAAUAGUUUGCAAUCGUGGUCGAAAAAGUAAAGCAUAAAUAAUAUCGAAAUUGAAAAAUGAUUUCCUUUUUGCCAAAUUAGAGUAUCAACUCUUUUAAUUUUAUAUUUAAAUAUUUUUAUUCCUUCGUGUUUAUUAAUCGCUACAGGCUGGACCUGAGUAUUAAUUUUAUCGUAAUUUUUUAAAUGUAUAUUUUGUUCGCAUACGGACAACAUUGUAAUGAUUAUUUAAUUAUAAAAGAAAUUGUAUUAUAUCUAUUACAAAUCGUUUGUUGACAAACGUUAUAUGUAAUGAUAUUUAUCCAACUAAUAUAUUAUAUUUUUGUUUCAA